AUGGCUAAAAGUACUGAAAUAAUAAAUUUUGCCUUCGAAAAGACCCAAGUUAAACAAGAAUUGAUUGAUCCUGAGGAUAACGCAGUAAAUGUUAAAUUAGAACCAUACUUUGAUAAUGAAGUUUAUUUGAAAAGAUUUAUGGAAUCUGAAGUAACAAUAGAAGAAGAAAUCAAACAUGAGUAUAGUGAAUUUGAAACGAAUAACAUAUUGAAUGAAAUCAAACAAGAAAGUGUUGAAAAUGAAAAUAUAUUCCAGCCUAAGGAAAAAUUACAUAAGUGCGGGAUCUGUAAGGAAACAUUCAAUUUGCUUGAUAAGAUUGCAAAGUUCUAUCACACCAAUUGUUUUCGUGCAGCCAAAAAAAGCUUAUUCAAAUGUACACACUGUGAUAAAAGUUUUUCAACUAAAAAUGGCUUAAAUUGCCAUAUUAAAUACCAUGCAACUAAAACUUACAAAUGUGAAACUUGCAAUAGAACAUUUGCAAAUUGUAUUUCUAUGCAUGUCCACAUGGCCAAAAUUCAUGCUAGAGAAAAUCAACACAUAUGCUUAAUUUGCGAUAAAGCAUAUUCCACAGGGGAGAUUUUAAAAAGGCAUAUGAAUACCCAUAUUGAAAUGAGGGCAUUUGAAUGUAUGUAUUGCAAGAAGAAAUUUGCAAUAAAAAGGACCUUUGAAAGACAUAUGCAAAUUCAUACUGGGGGACCUUUUUAUUGCAAAUUUUGUGAUAAAACUUUUGGUGAUAUUCAGGAAUUAAAAUCACACAUAACAGUUCACACUGAGGAAAGGCCUUAUGAAUGUAAACUUUGUGAUAAAACGUAUACUGGCUUGUAUGGUUUAAAAAAACAUAUGAAACUCCAUUCUAAAGAAAAGCUUUUGAAAUGCACUUUUUGUAGUGAUACAUUUUUAGAAAAGGAUGAAUUUGGAAAGCACAUUCAGGAACACUUAUGA